ACUCCAACAACAUCACUUCUGAUUAAUUCCAAGCUGAUAACAAUUUGAGGUCUCCUGUCUUAUUUCUCUACAUUUCCGAAUAUCUGAAUAUACGCAUUUAAUCAUUUCAAAAUGGCGGACCGAUUUCCCUCACUGGAAGACUUCAACGAGGGUCAAACCGAAGUUGUCAGCAAUGAUGUUGCCGACACCGAUGACUUUCUUGCUCGUGAACGCGCUGCGCUAGGUGACGAUGCUGCGCAAUUUGCUACACCGAACGAUCAGGUCGCAACCGUAGAUGACGAUCUACUGGGAGGUGACGAAGUUGUCCAACAACAAGGUGAUUCGGCAGAGAUUUCUGGUUUCGAAUCAUCUUUUCCUGCGAUUGAUACACAGAAUGAGGCCGUUGCGCCCGGCGGAACUAUCACUGGUACCGGCUCUCCCUUUCCAUCGACAGGGUAUUCCAACUAUGCUCAACCAGAAGAAGAACCAGAGGCUGUUCGGGAAUGGCGAGCGCGCAGAGAUGCCGAUCUGGCCCGCCGAGCCGAAACCUCCGCAGAGAAGAAAGCAGCCACUAUCAAGAAGGCACAAGAAGAUAUUGAUGACUUUUAUGUAUCGUACGGAAACCGCGCCGAUAAGGCUCGCGCCCAAACCCGCAAGGAAGCCGAAGAAUUCCUCGCAAACAGAGAAGACACAUCUGCAGGCGGAACCAGCUGGGAGCGUAUCGCAAAACUUGUUGACAUAUCUGGCAAGGGUGUCAAGGGCGGUGCUAGUGGUUCUGGCAAGGAGCGUUUCCGUGAACUUCUACUUGACUUGCGAAAAGACGCCAAUGCCCCCGGUGCAUCCGGAGUGUAAGGAGCAAGUACAUUACGAACAAUCAAUAAAUAGAUAAAAAGAAUGCGGGUUUGGUGGGUAUGUCUUUCAGGAUUUACUUGUACCUGAGUGCGAAGUUGAGGCCGUGCAACGCGCCGGUUUUCUGUGUCAGAUUUGAAGGAGAGUAAUGCUCUCCUCAUCCAGAACCUCACUGGACUAUCGCCUCCAGUGCGACAGUGUCUACUCAAGGAUCAGUCAUUCUUUCCCUUGCAGUUCUUGCCCAUGUAUUCGACCAUCGAGCCUCACGAUCAUAUCUCUUGUUUUGUGCCUAUAAAUGUAUCUGCGGUCUUGCUCUUUAUCUUCCACUUCUUCAUGGGAUUAAUAGGUAAUGCAAUGGAGUUAUUCUUUUCUGG